UGUUGCAGUGCUAGCAGGCGGCGCAGAGCGGCGGGCCGGCAGCGCAGGGCGCAGCGCUCAGCACCGCACCGCGAUGGCCGUGGCCGUGGGCAGACCGGCGAACGAUGACCUCAGGAACCUGUCCCUGUCUGGCCACGUGGGCUUCGACAGCCUCCCUGAUCAGCUGGUCAACAAGUCAACGUCCCAGGGCUUCUGCUUCAACAUCCUCUGCGUGGGUGAAACUGGCAUCGGCAAGUCCACGCUGAUGGACACUCUGUUCAACACCAAGUUUGAGAGCGAACCAGCGACACACAACGAGCCCGGCGUGAGGUUGAAAGCCAGGAGUUACGAGCUGCAGGAGAGCAACGUGCGCCUGAAGCUGACCAUUGUGGACACCGUGGGCUUUGGAGAUCAGAUUAACAAGGACGACAGCUACAAGCCCAUAGUAGAAUACAUUGAUGCCCAGUUUGAAGCCUACUUGCAAGAGGAGCUGAAGAUCAAACGGUCCCUGUUCAACUAUCACGACACCCGGAUCCACGCCUGCCUCUACUUCAUUGCGCCCACCGGCCACUCGCUCAAGUCCCUGGACCUGGUCACCAUGAAGAAGCUCGACAGUAAGGUGAACAUCAUCCCCAUCAUUGCCAAGGCUGACACCAUUGCAAAAAACGAGCUGCACAAGUUCAAGAGUAAAAUCAUGAGCGAGCUGGUCAGCAACGGCGUCCAGAUCUACCAGUUCCCGACGGACGAGGAGACGGUGGCCGAGAUCAACGCCACCAUGAGUGUCCACCUUCCUUUUGCUGUUGUUGGCAGCACUGAAGAAGUGAAGAUUGGCAACAAGAUGGCGAAAGCCAGGCAGUACCCCUGGGGUGUCGUGCAAGUUGAAAAUGAAAACCACUGUGACUUUGUGAAGCUGCGGGAGAUGCUGAUCCGAGUGAACAUGGAGGACCUGAGAGAGCAGACGCACACCCGGCACUACGAGCUGUACCGGCGCUGCAAGCUGGAGGAGAUGGGAUUCAAGGACACGGAUCCGGACAGCAAGCCUUUCAGUCUCCAAGAGACCUAUGAAGCAAAGAGGAAUGAAUUCCUGGGCGAACUCCAGAAGAAGGAGGAUGAAAUGAGGCAGAUGUUUGUCAUGCGAGUGAAGGAGAAGGAAGCAGAGCUGAAGGAAGCGGAGAAAGAUCUCCACGAAAAGUUUGACCAUCUAAAGAGGACUCACCAAGAAGAGAAGAAAAAAGUGGAAGACAAAAAGAGGGAACUUGAGGAAGAGCUGAACAACUUCCAGAAGAAGAAGGCGGCAGCUCAGCUAUUACAGUCACAGGCUCAGCAGGCAGGUUCUCAACAAACCAAGAAAGACAAGGACAAGAAAAACUCUAUAAGAGUUUUGCUGUGCUGGUGCCUUGAGUCCUGCUUGCAGCUCUGGACUUCGUGUCUCCAGAAGGACAUAGUGGAGUUAGAGAAGGGCACUAAUGGUAAAUGGGAUGGAGCAGCAACUUCCAGAGCUCUCCAAGUUACCAUGGCGGUGCGUGCUGACCUGCUAAGUCAGCAAGUCGUCACAACUAGACCAGAGGAGUAACUGUUAAGGAGCAGGUAGUAAACUUAUGGAAUUUGUUGCCUCGGGUUGUUGAGGCAGGUGGUGUCAGCAGAAGGUUUUGGGGUUGAUUGGUGGGUGUUUUUUAAAGGCAAACUCAAGGAGAAGAGAUCCAUAGGGAAAACAAGAUGAAACACCUGACAGCCAUAAUCCAGUGGUGGUGGAUACUGGGACAGAAGGAAGGCCCUGCCAGUGUCCACAGUGAGACUGAGGGGCAGAGGGUGUUGGAGGCUUCCCCACACCCUGGGGCUGGGGAGGGGAUGGCAGUGUGCCCUUGGGCUGCUUCCUCAAGGCAGCAGCUGUUGGGGAAGAGGUGCCAGUGUGGGGAGAGGAUGGCAGUGUGAAACCUGCUGAGGACAGCUCAGAGAGGUUAUUUGUCACCAGGUGUCCCCAGCAGAGCUGGGAAAGCCACUUCUUCCAUUGGAGGGAGUGGGUGCCUGAGUUACAGAUCAUGCUUUGGGCUUAACCCCUCCGUGUGGCUGCUGGAGGGGAUCUGUGCUCUCGUGUCCUCAGAGCAAACCCUCCGGGGGCUGAGGGAAGCUGGGGUGCUGCAGGGAGCAGUGCAGCAGGGCAGGGUGAGCCGGGAUUAUGGCUGAAGGCGUUGGAAACGAGCAGCAGUGCUCUGCUGGGUUGUCCCUGCCAUGCCCUGAGGAGCUCCCUGGGUUUGGGGACUGAGCAAUAACAUGCUGGGGUUUGUGAACGCAGUGGUGUUAUCCCAGUGCUCACGAGGGAGAAGGGCCAGCAGGAGCUGAGCCUGCAACUGGGAAUUGGUUUCCUCUCCAGCCGACCAUUCACCUGCCCCGUGUGCUGGGCUGGACUCCUGCCCUCGCUGCUCCGGACCCCGCUGGAGCAGGUGCACCCUGGGCAGGUGUCGAGCAGGUCCCUGGUGGGGAGCACUGGGAUGCUGUGACGCUUGUGGGAAGAUCACAGGAACGUGAGGACUCAAGGGCACACCAGGGAAGGUUUUCCUGUGGGAAACAGGGAGCCCUGGCAGCACUCCAGGCCCAGCUCUGUGUUCUGACAGGGAGAGCUGCGUACAAGCCAGCUACUGAAGGUGAUGGGGGGGCAGCUUGGAAGAGACGUUUUUGCCAGGGGUUUUUUUGGGGAGGAAAUGUGGGAAGUGGGAAAUGGCUUUUCUCUCUGGCCAUGUCGGUUGUUUCCAAAUCAACUGGAUCUGCUACGUGGAGGAGCUGGUGUUGCUGGGACGACUCAUUUUCCAAGGUAAGGCUAUGUCUGAAGGUCACCUCGUUAGCCACAGAGCACUGUUAAUGUGUACACCAGUGCAGGCAGCACAGCCAGGGAUGUGCCCACAGGUGUCCAGGGCCUGUGCCAGGACAGCAGGACACUGCAGGGGGUGGGUCACAGGGACUAGGGAUAGGCUUUGUACCUGAGCCUUUUUUCUUGGAGUUGCCUGGCACAAAUCACUGGUGUGGGUUUGUACAUAGCACCAGCAAAAUAAAGUGUCUGUCUCUCUGCAAUCCACUGGGGCUGGGAGCAGGAAAGCACUCCCUUGGCAGGGAGGGAGACCGAGCCCUGCCUCUGCAGGAUUUUGCCUCCCAGGAGCUUGCCAAGUCGGUGCUGUGGCCUGUGUGGCUCCGGGCAGCACAGGGAGGCCGGGAAGAGUUCUGGGCAGUGACCCUGUGGUGGGACUGGGCUGCGAUCCUCACGAGUGUCUGUGUGCUGGUGUGCGAGUGGGGCAAGGGGGAACGUGCCCUUCAGCCUGGGAGGGAAGGAGCAUGUGGAGGGGGAGAAGCCAGUGUAAUUUAACUUGGAUUAGAUGUGCAACGUGCGGUGAGCUGGAAGCAGAGAGCACCGGAGCGGGGACUCUCCUGCAGUGACAGGGUGCCUUGCUGGGGCUGUGCUGUUUACACUCCAGGACUGCACAGCAACCUGGCUGGAGAACACUGAGCCAGCCACUGGAUGAGAAGGUCAGGGUCUGGAAAUAGCAUGAUGGCAGGAAGGGCUGAAAGGGAAGGAAGAGGCACACCCCUCUGAGAAAUAUGGCCUGGGGAGAGGUUUCUCAGGACACAGGAAGGAAGAGCUGAAACCUGUGGGAAGGGUCUUGUGGUGGUCUGUGCACGAUAAGAAGACGGCACCUUGGAAGGCACAGGGCAGGACGGGCUCCAGGACAGGAGAUGGAGCAGUGUUCCAGCCAUGCACUCGGCCUGGAAAGGGAACAGCCAGGAGUGAGGAGCACCAGAGCUGGGGCUAAAGCCACAACUGCUGGAGGCAAUAAGUUCAUGUUGGGUGACUCCCCUGGCACCCCAGGGGCUGCCCAGGACCCUGAAGCACUUGAAGGCACUUUGUCAGGGGUCUGGCACGGAGCAGCUCCCUGGCAGCAUCCGGAUAAAACUGAUCCAGGGCUCGGGUGAAAAGCACACCACCAGACUGGGAAU